AAAUGAAGAAGACUGAGAAGUUGGACUAUAAAAGACAGACUUUAGGAGAGUUCACAUCUUCUCUCUACAGUCAUUCUCAUCUCUCAGGGUUGAUUGUUGUUCUCUCCGUUAACGAUGCAGUUUUAUGGAGUUCUGGUCCUGAUGGUGACUCUGUCUACAGCCUGUGGACUGAAAUGCUACGUAUGUACUAGUGGCAGUGAAUCCUGCCAGCCCCAAACUUGUCUUUCCAUGAUGGACAGUUGUUCAACAACCACGAUGAAGGGUGUCACCAUCAAGAGCUGCAUGAUGAGUAAUGCCUGUAUAGGUCCCAUAAAAUGCUGCAAAGAGGACUUGUGUAACAGUGCCAUACCCACUGGUUCCAGUGUCUUCCUCCUGAUGGUAUCCACAGCCAUCAUCACACUGUUUCUCUGAGGCUCCGGAGAAAACCCUAUCUGUAACUCAGGAAAAAUAAACAUGUAAAAUCUGUGAAUGACUACAGAUCCAGAAUUGCUCAAUAAAACUGCAAUAUGAUUGACCAUUGAAA